AUGCAAGCAACCGUUCGGGACGGCGGAAGGCUAUUGGCCAGCGGUAUCGAUUGCUUGGCACGGAGAGCCAAACGGCAGAUUGGAGGUCGUAAGGCACAAGUGAAGCAGCACCAGCUGCAGCAGCAGAGGCGGAGGCUGAAGCAGCACAGUAGAAUGGAACCUUUCGCUUACGAAGACUACUCUGACUUCGACACCGACGAGUUGGAUUUUGAUCCAUCUCUGAGACGGGUCACUACGGCUACUAACACACGGCGAUCCCUACGCUCUUCCUCGCCUUUUGAACUUGACGUUGAUGAGGCUGUCAUGGCGAAAAUUCGUUCACGCGCGCGUCAGGCAACGUCAGACUUUCUCGACAGUUGUGACGCGAUGCGCCAGAAGGCCAAGAUUAGAGACGAGGACGCCCUUCGCAAAUUCGACGCAGCUAUAGAGCUCCCAUUAAGUGCCCCUCGGCGGGGUUCGAGCAGGUCGUUGCGGCGGGACUCCCUUGGUCUGCCCCCUCUUAUGCCGCGUGCCACUCGUGGGGGCAGUUUGGCAUCCGAUAUGGUUAACACUAACAAUUCCUCACCGGUUCGUCGUGCCUCCCUUGGAUCCAAUUCCCUCACUACCAAGGCAAGCAGUAGCGGCCCUGACAGCGAGACGAAUUUGAGUCCAUUACACGAGAAGCUCCCCAGAGGGCCAGUGAUUCGUUCUAGAUUUGUGAGAUCGGUUACUCCGGAGUCCCGAUUUCUCGUGUCCCCCAGGAAGCGAUCAGCACCCUACUUUUCGACAGCCCUCACUGAACCGGACAUUCGCGAGCGUAUCAGCACCCGCCGUAAGAUGCGCGAUGUAGAGUCUCGAUUGGAUAAAAUCCUGGACUAUGAGCUGCCCUAUGCAUCCGGGUUUAAGGAAAUGCGCAACACUUUGCGUGAAAUCAACGAUAAAAUGGCAAAGCAUCGUUUGCUUAUUGACCGCUACUCGGGACUACAAAUAAAUGAGGACAACGAACCGGUGGCGGAUCGUGUUGCAGCAAAAGUGGAUGAACUAAUACCCAGAGUGCCUGCUUUAUCCGGAGUGCAAAAUCCUUUCAAACUGCGAAGUGAUGAAAUCACAAGUUCAUUUGACCCUCGACUUAUUCCGGGCUACUCAACAGGUCUCUGCGUUACGCCGAGUGAAGGGACCCGAGAACUGCGCGGACGCAUUCGAAAUCUUCUGUGCAGGACCCGAGAUACUAGCCGUCAGGAUGCUGCCAACCCGUAUCUCAGACCCUUCUCAACCAAUCACAGAAAUGCCGGAGUAGUCGCUGAAUAG